AUGGUCUUGCAAGUCCCCUUGUUCAAGCUCCAAUGCGGGGUCAACUCCUACGAAUGGGGCAAGAAGGGAGAGGACUCAGCAGCCGCGCGUUUUGCGGCCACGACACCAGCUGAAGGCUUCACUGUCCAGUCCGACAAGCCAUACGCAGAGCUCUGGAUGGGCACUCACCCCUCAAACCCCUCAAAAGACCUCCAAUCCGGGCGCACCCUCCUCGACCUGGUUCAAGAAAACCAACAACUGCUUUCCGCCCCUGUGUCCUCCAAAUACGGCUCCAAGCUGCCCUUCCUCUUCAAGGUCCUCUCCAUCAACAAGGCGCUAUCCAUCCAGGCCCACCCCAACAAGAAACUCGCCGAGCAACUACACGCCCGCGACCCCAAGAACUAUCCCGAUGACAACCACAAGCCCGAGAUGGCCAUCGCCAUCACCCCUUUUGAGGGUCUCUGUGGCUUCCGUCCACUCGCCGAGAUCUCCCACUUCCUCAACACCGUUCCUCCACUCAAGGCCCUCGUGAAGGAGGACAAGGCCGACGAGUUCAUCAAUACCGUCAAGGGAGAGGAGGAAACCGAGUCCGCCGAGAUCAAGGAAAAGAACAAGACCGCCCUCCAGCACGUCUUCGCCUCCCUCCUCUCCGCCACUACCGAGGAAAUUCAGAAGCAGACCGAGAGCCUGGUGUCGCUCGCCAAGUCAGAAGGCAGCAGCUUCGCCGGCGGCGGCGCAGGCGCAAGUGACGGCGAGACCCUCUCGGAACUCAUCACUCGUAGCCAUGGCGAGUUCGGCGCGGACAUCGGUCUCUUUGUCCUUUUCUUCCUCAACUACGUCAAGAUGGAGCCAGGGGAGGCCAUGUUCCUCGUCGCCGACGACAUCCACGCCUACCUCUCCGGCGACAUCAUCGAGUGUAUGGCCGCCUCCGACAACGUCGUCCGCGCCGGCUUCACUCCAAAGUUCAAGGACGUGCCCACCCUCGUAGACAUGCUGACCUACAACUACGCGCCCAUUGACGAGCAAAAGAUGUCGCCCUCCGAGUACCCCUACGCCACCCUCAACCGGACCGCCUACAGCUCCGGCUCCGCCGUUAUCCUCUACGACCCACCCAUUGACGAGUUCAGCGUUGUCCGCUCGCUGCUCAAGGGUGACGGCUCCAAGGCUACCUUCGACCCCCUCGAGGGACCCAGCAUCAUCAUCUGCACGUCAGGCAAGGGGACCAUCGCCGUUGGACCCAAGGUAGAGAAAAUCAGCGAGGGCAAUGUGUUCUUUGUAGGGUCAACAGCAGAAGUGGUGCUGCAGUCUGAAGGUGAUGCCGACGACGAAUUCAUAACGUUCAAGGCGUUUUGCGAGAUUGACGAGAGGGCGGAGGAAAAGCUGUAG